CAAUGUAAGUCUGGACCCUCAUAUUUGCGCCCCAGAAAUAUUAGCGACCAUCAGGUGGCGCAAAGGAAUAGACGUGACGAAUUCUGAAAGAAUUAAGAGGUUUAUUUAUUUACAUCAUAAACGAGCAGCCCCGCAGGAGAAUGUAAACGCGUCCUGUCCAUCCUCCUCCUCCUCAUCACCACCAUCAUCAUCAGUCCAGAGAGACGCGCGAUUAUUAUUAAAGCUCAGGUUCGCUUCACUCAUCAUCAGCUGGACUUAAUGAGUUUGUCAGUGAUUAAAGAGCCUGUGUGCUGAUGAACUGGGCUGGAUUCUGUCUCUUCACCGCUCUGCCCUUAAAAUGGAGUUUGUGGAGAGGAAGCGGAGCAGGAAAUCUCAGAGCUUUAAACUGGUGAAUGAUGCAGAUUUUAGCCAUGAAAUGGAUGAUGUGGACCAGAAUGACACUGAAGGUGAAGCAGCUUCUGAGAGUGAAGUCUGGUUAGGUGAUGAAGGGAUGGAGAUAAAGAAACAGAUAACAGGCAUGAUGCGCUUGCUGAGUGACAAGACAGGACGAGUGUACCAGCGAGUUGGACGAGAGGGAGAGACCCUAAAACAAGAGCCUCAGGAAGAGGCUCUCAGCCCGCCCAUGGCACAGAGCCCGGCCCCUGAACAUCUCCAGUAUGGCUGGAGCUCCGUCCCACCUCUGGCUCACGGGCAGUACGGCACACGCUCCAAAACCCAGAGGAUGCUGAACCACUUGAAAGCUAAUGACAUGGCCUUGCCCCCUGCGCCUGCUGCCAUGGCAACUGAGCCCAGCUGCUGUAUGUGCAACUGCAAGAGCACCCUGCAGGCCAUUCUGCUGGAGUUACGUACCAUGAGGAAACUAAUCCAAACUCAGAGAGGGACCCAGGACAAACAGGGCUCCCAGGGUUCACUUUCCUCGUCCCGAGCCUGCAUCUCCAGGAGGAGGACUCGAAAGAGGAGGCCAGGUCACAGAGUGACACUUCUGGCCACAGCCACUAAAAAAAGCACACCUCUGUCACCAACUGCUGAGGUUGAUACUGUUAAUGAGUGUAAUCAGUCCAGAGAGGACACACCCUCCACGUUGGCAACAUUUAUCCCAGAUCCCAUUCCCAGUGUGAAGACACCUUCCUCUCACUACAGCAUCACCAGAGGCCAAAGCACCACAGAGCCGGAGGUGCAGUUGGCCGAGGAUUAUGACGUAUUUAUUCCUAAAGCACAGUUGGACUCUAUCUUACUGAACUACACACGCUCUGGCAGCCUGCUCUUCAGGAAACUGGUGUGUGCGUUCUUUGAUGAUACCACACUGGCAAACUCACUGCCCAAUGGCAAGAGGAAGAGAGGUCUGAAUGACACCAGGAAAGGACUCGAUCAAAACAUAGUUGGAGCCAUUAAAGUGUUCACAGAAAAGUAUUGCACUGCCAAUGGAAUUGAGAAGCUUCCCGGCCCUAGAGACUGGGUCCAGAUUCUGCAAGACCAGAUUAAACUUGCCCGUCGACGCUUAAAAAGAGCAGAGACAACCUCAGACAGUAGUGAUAUUCAGCACAAAACAGAGAAAACUGUUGAUAAAGUGGAAACUGUGAUGCAAAAUGGUACGGCAAUGCACACUUUUAACAUCUCACUCUCAAAAAGUGGCAUUGUUCUUAAGUAACACUUUCUUCUGUACCGCAGGUGCUGUUUAUGAGAGAACAGAAUGUCUAGUUGCUAUGGACACUGCCUGAGAAGAGAUUGUUUUCAACAAAAUGCAAUCUCCGACCCCCGCAAAGGAGUCAUUUUUAAUAGUUUCAUAUGUCUAGACUGGAGCACGUGUCAACAGAUAUGGCUUUGAAAUUCUCAUGGUCAGCUGUGCUACAGACAGAAAGUUUGUGUGGAAAUAAAGGGCAACAUUUGGCUGAUCUGUAGGACCCCUGCUGGCAUUCCCGACAACUAUGGACACACUUUUGUAACACAAGUACUCUCAUUUGAUAAUUUUAAAGUGGGUCGUCCCAGAUGUUACUAGUUGUCUUCUAUGAAUAUAUGGAAGUGUUUGUAGUUUUUCAGCUUCAUCCAAAUGCUUCACCAACAAAUAUCAGCAGAACUGCUGAAAAAACAUGACUGUGCCUUUAAUUCACUCUGCCAUGCCAAGCAACAAACUGAUGUCAUUUCACGGUUGUGCUGUUUAUUGACACUUUCUGGUGAAAUAUGUUGCAUUUUCUAGUAUUUAAUGUCACAUUUGCUGCACAUAGUCUUACUAAUAUGUCGUUGGUUAUAUAAUCUGGCAGACUGGUUAUGUAGACAUGUAACUGUUUGACUUCCUGUGUAAGAGGAUUUAGUGUCUAUUGAAUGUGUACUAAUGAGUGAAUAUGAACAUUGUCCUGCGUCUGUGUAACAAAGGGUUUUUACCUCACGGCCAAAUGCUUGAAUAACUAUUCAUGUUAAUAUCCGGGUUAAAUACUAGUAAAGCUGUUUGGACAGCAUCUGUGGCUCAAUUCAUGUCUCAGUUUGCAAAAGCAAUUCUAAACGCACAUACAGAAAUGCACUUUCAUUGCACAUUUGCCCCUUAGACGUCCACUGUAAGUGCAGAACUUUCACCUCAGACUAAUGUUUGCUUUCACAAACUGAGAUAUGACGAAUGCUGCAGAUGUGGUUGAUAGAGCUUAAGCGUGAAUAUUCCUUUAAGAGCACAGAUAUUAUGUCUGUUUCUCCUUUUUAAUAUGCCUGUUUAAAAAAAAAGAUAAAGCUCAACUUUAUGUUUAUUAGUGGAAAGUUGUUUGGUCUGAUGCGUCAAAUAAAUACUAUGGCUGUGUCCUAAAUGGUUGACCUAAAUCUGUUUCAAAUGUGCUUGUUUCCCCAACAAUAUUUCACAGAUACAGUCAAGUGACCAUACUCAAAAAUGAAUCAAGUUACAUUUUCUGUAACAAGUCACACUGAUAAAGAAACAGGAAAAAAAAAAACACUCAAAGGACAGAAAAAGAGUAAAGCAUAUUUUAUUUAUUUUUUUAUGUUUUUUUUGUUGGCAGAUUUGUAUAUAUAUUUAUUUCAUAAAAGUGAAGAUUAAAAUUGAUAUUUUGCAUUUGUGGAUGUAGAAUUUACAAAAACAAAAUUAAAUGUAUAAUAAAACAUUCAUCAUCAUUGAAACGAUCAUUUAUUUAGUAACCA